ACAAUUUACUUUACUACAAGCUAUCUCAGCUUGUUAGCACUUUCUUUUUCUUCAUUUCAUUAUUUUUCUCAAAAUGUCAACUUUCAUGUUGAAAAUCUUCCUUCUAAUUUCCAUCUUUCAAAUCUCUUUCGCCACUAGGAGGUUGAAUGAGUUAGUUCAGGACCAAACUCAGCUUCUUCGUUACCACAAUGGCCCUCUUCUCUCUGGCAAAAUCUCCAUUAACCUCAUUUGGUACGGCCACUUCAAACCUUCCCAGAAGGCAAUAGUCUCCGAUUUCAUCACCUCGCUGUCACCCUCAUCCCCUCACAGCACCCAACCAUCCGUCGCCACGUGGUGGAAAACCACAGAAAAAUACUACCACCACCUCAGUAAUACUAAAAAAACCUCCCCUCUUUCAAUUCCACUCAAUAAACAGAUUCUCGACGAAAACUACUCGCUCGGCAAAUCCCUCACGAGCAAGCACCUCAUUCAGCUAGCUUCAAAGGGUGACCACAAAAACGCCAUCAACGUUGUGUUAACUUCCGCUGACGUGGCAGUUGAAGGUUUCUGCACGAGCCGAUGUGGGACCCACGGUUCUUCCUCAGCGGGCCAUGCAAAGAACAAGAACUACAAGUUCGCAUACAUAUGGGUUGGGAAUUCAGAGGCCCAAUGCCCGGGCCAAUGCGCGUGGCCGUUUCACCAGCCCAUAUAUGGGCCUCAAAGCCCACCUCUUGUUGCGCCGAACAACGACGUGGGCAUUGACGGAAUGGUAAUAAACCUGGCGAGCCUCUUGGCUGGGACCGUUACGAACCCGUUUGGCAACGGGUUCUAUCAGGGCCCAGCCGAGGCUCCACUCGAAGCGGCUACGGCUUGCCCUGGGGUUUAUGGCAAAGGGGCUUACCCUGGCUACGCUGGGAAUUUGAACGUGGACUCUUCCACUGGUGCUAGCUAUAAUGCGCACGGUGCUAAUGGAAGGAAGUACUUGCUUCCUGCUUUGUAUGACCCUGCCACGUCAUCGUGCUCCACCCUAGUGUGAGUGAUGAGUGCUAAUAGUUUAGGGAGUAUAAGCAUUAUUAUGUAGGGAUUAUUGAUUAUUCAUUUAUUCAUUUGUUUAUUACUACUACUGCUACUGUAUGUUUUGAUUAUUUGGAUUAAUUAAUAACGUGGAAGCAAAUUUAUAUUGGUUUGCUUUUUAAA